UUUGGUAUGAGUCAUGAGAAAUGAGGAUAUUUAUUUCCCGAAAAAGGAGGAGAAUCUGAGUUAACUUUGAAUCCGUUUCUGUGGCCCAACAAAGUGCCUUAGGCAUACUGUUGCUCAAUAAAUAUUUGCUAAUCCAAAAGUCACGUAGCCAGAGAUUUAUAUCUACAAAGAAAGGUCCUCUUUGCCAACCUGUCCGAGAUCCUGCACUGUGGGACUGCCCUAUAUAUUGGAGCCUUUGCCCACGAGGAAGUAUCUUAGGGAGUCAGGCACUGAUUGUGUUUCCAGAACCCCUAUUUGCCAGGAACGGCACCCAGGUAAAACUAGAAUGUAGUAAUCCACCCUGAGCACAGACUGCUUCCUUCUCCCUGGCCCCAGUGAUGCAUCUGGGAGGCAUCACUGAGCCCUAGUGAGAGAAGAAUUACAGUUUCAACAUUUUGAACAGUGGCAGUGCUGGAGCCACAGGGGGAGGGCAGCCACAGCCAAAGACAGAGGGAGGCAAAGCAAGUUUGUGCAUCUGAUGACAUACCUCUGGGGGAAACUUAGAACUGUAGGAGAGGCCCCACCAGAGCAAUUGGAAUCCUGAGUUAAUGAUUACAGUGAAGCAGAGUAAGGCCAAAAACAAGAGGACUCUGGUGAAACCGAAAAUGAGGUGGAGAGAGAAUUCCGCACCAUAGGAAAUUCAGUGAGAGAGAGGCUCAGGUUCUGUUGGUGAAACACUGAGUUUGGACUGACCGGCCAGUGGUAAGCCAAGAGAAGAAGGUUCUGAAAUAUUCUGGAGCGCUUGAUACCAUGCGAAGGGAAUUUUGAAUUACAAAUAGAAGAAAAUGGGAGAGCAUGGCAGUUUUGAGGAGGGGCAGGUUUACGAUAUUUACAUGGACUAUUUCGAUUUGCUACAGUGUUUCACAGAAGGGAUCUAUAGAAGCUGGCACGACCGCUGGGAUUUAUGAGGUGGGUGGAGCAGGGAGCUUGGCGAGGCCCAGAUGUGGCUUCCAGACCUGGCAGAGAGCGGAGGUAUGCAAAUGUGGUGGUUGCGGACAUCGGGCAGCGGAGUAGCCCAGGUGCCCAACAGUUGCUCAGCGCUCCCAGGUGGGUCUGGAAAGACAUUUGCUCAGAAGUGAGCUGGGCUCCCAGAAGUGCUCUAAUUUCUUCAGAUCAUCUGAUAGCAGUCUCUGAUGUUUACCAGCUUCAGGGAGAUCGGGCCAUUGUGAUUUUUUUUUUUUUUUUUUUCUGUAAUAAAACUAGCCCCAGCCAGCCAGACUGGGAACUUACUGCCUGAGCUGUUUUCCAACAUGGUUUUGCUGGCAAAACUAGACAAGAGUGUUUCCUCGACUCUCAAGGGGCCUGUUUACACUGACUUUAUUUUUUACUGCCAGUUUUCAAGUGGGAAGAGGGAGAUUAUAUUUAAAGGUCAGCAGAUGACAAGCGAAUGCUCCCAGUUUGGAUAUGAGAGCUGAAGGGAAGAAUUGGGAAGGGAAGUCUCUGGUCCAUGUACACAUUCCCAAGGAAAUUUAGCACUGAGACUGACAUUCCUGGGAAACCAAUUUGCAACUGUUGUCCUCCACUGAGGGACAAACCACAACAUUGCUGCUCUACUAAGGAUUGACCGAGAAACCAUGAAAUCCCCGUCUGCAGGAGACUUGGAAGACUACCUACUGAAUAAGAUCUUUCCCAGCAAGUCCUAACCUUAGCACCUCUGGUGUUACCUUUGGAGGGCCGAGGCGUGGAGAACAUCUUACAACGAAGCCCACUGGUAUCCCACAGCCUCGGGAACCCCCCACAGCUGAGUCUUGGGACCUCCUGGAAAUCUUCACAUACAUGCCUGAACAGCCUCCAUUUCUUAGAGAUGUGAUCUCCAAAGUCUGUCACCCUGAAGUCCCCUACGUUCCCUUCUCCACCUUACAGCACAUUGCCUUGUCUCCUAUGCUAUAAAGAAAAUAGUCAUCAGACAGGAAAUGUCUCCCAUUCCUUCACUCCCUACACUUUAUCUGUGUUUGCACCUGUCUUUUUUUCCUUCUGAUGCACCAAGGUGAAGUGCUCACCAGGUUUCUGGAUUUGCAAGCCCCUCUGGCUGGGAAAUUUUUACUCCACGGUUUCGCUCUCUGCUGCCUCUUCCUUCCGGCUCCUUUCUCUCUGCAUUUAGACAUGUUCAAACCUGUGUGUCAUUUUGAAAAACCUAUUGGUGUCCCUGUUUUGUUUUACCCCUCCCCUGGCCAGACUUCCUGGAAGAGUUGCUUACCUUGUUACUUGCUUGCCUCGCACUUAGUCUUAACCCACUUCAAUCUGGCUUAAUGCCCACCCCUUCCCCGAACACAGUGAUCCCGUUCUAGUUGCCAAACAUGGUGAACAUUUUUCAGGCCCUAUCUUGCUCGGCCCCUUACUGUUGACUUUGUUCUUGAAAUUCUUCUUCCUUUAUUCUCAAGACCUCUUGCUGCUUAUUCUCCCAUUUCGCCAUCCUCCUCCAAGGCAAUCCCUUCUCCAACAAUACAGGAGCCAUUGUAGUUCUUCCCUUGUGUUCCUCAUACUAGAUAUCUGCCAUUUUCUCUUUCUAGAACAACCUUCACACCCUUCUCUUUCCAGCUAACUCCUACUCAUCUUUCAAGAUACAACACCACUACACUAUGCCUCCAGAAAGGGCCCCCAGCCUCCAAUACUAGAUGAAAUUUCCCUUUUCUGUGUACCCAUAGUAUCCUGUGCAAACCUCUACCCAGCACUAGAUUGCUGUGACUUUAAUUUCCAGUUUAUUUGUCUUGCUUUGUCUGUAAACCUCUUGACACGUACGCACAGUGUUCCACAAAAUGGGUUGAAUGGAGUUGAAUCACAACACAAAGAAUUUCUACACUGCUGAGGACCCUUCAUCAUGGGCUGCUAAACACGUUCUCCUUUAUGUUUGGCAUGGCAAAUGAUCUAUCCGCUCUGUGACCACCUUUCCUCUUCCACCUGGACACUCUGGAAGAUGCAGAAUCUUGAUAGUUUGCAGAUGUUCAAGGUGGACUUGAGGCGCCAGCAGAUCUCGCAGAUUGUGGAGGAGGUACAGAGGGUCGUCCACCAUCUGACCGCAGAGAUCAGCCUCCAGGACCUCCGAUUUCAGGCCGUCCCUUACUCUGACACAUACAAUGGGAACAUUAAGGUUUUGGCCCCCUGCCAGUUCCUCGUCACGGUCCCGGUAAAGGGCCUGGUGGGGUACAGGGAGGCCAGGGAGCAGCGCUGGCGAUACUACACCCUGCGGGGCACCAGGCUCCCCUGUCCCUUGCAGGACCCAGAGGGCCUGCGGCAGUGGCUGGAGGCGGAGCAGUUCAUGAAGAGCCAGUGGCAGUGGCAUGAGGCAGACGUGAACAUUGAGGGAGAUAUUGUGCCCGCCAAGGUGCUCCAGGUAUUCCGGAAGCUGGUAGAAAACGCAAUUGGAACCUGUCAUCUCUCAGGUAAGGUCAGCAUGCUGACGCAGCUCUCCGCAGUUUGGGUUGCUGUGGAAACCUCCACAUGUCAGGUGGAGCUAGAGCUUGUCCCCACGGUGGAGAUCCCUACCGUCUGGCCCGAGAAAGCUCGCUGGCCUCCCUGUCUGAAGCGCUGGCCUUCCCGACAACGAGUGGAAUGUAUCAAGUCGUUUGGGUUUGCCUUGUUGGCCUGUUCAAAUUAUCACUGGCAGCAGAGUUUCCUGCAGGCUGAGCAGGUACUGCUAGACCAGCUGGAUGAGGACGGGGGCUGCCGCAGGAAGUGCUUCCAGGCCCUGAGGCAGAUGAAGGAGGACGUCUGGUGUCCGGGAAAGAGGCCUGUCAUCACGUCCCACCAUCUGCAGACGGUGCUCUUUUGGACUUGUGAGAAAUACCCCCACCCGAAGGAGUGGCAGGUGUUCAGCAAAGCGUUCCUGCGCCUGGUGAGGAAGCUGCACAAGUGUGUGAGCCAGCACUUUCUGAAGCACUAUUUCGUGCGCAAGAGCAACCUGCUCCAGCAUGCCAGCUCGGGCGAACUGGACACCGUGGCCCAGAAGCUGGCUCUCUUCCUGAAGAACCCCCAGAUCGGCCUGCCCUGACGCUGCCCCUGCCUGGGAGGCUCUUGGACGCUUUAUCCUGGCUCGACCUCGUUCCCUGGAGGAUCCUGCUCAGGAGAGAAGCAACGUGUGGCACAGGAGAUGACAUUGACCCACUAGCACUUAAGGGGGGAACACUGUACCCCAAGAUGUCCAAUCUCAGCUUCCCUAGAGCCAAGCAAGCAUUUCAGCCCUCACGAUCUACCUCUCUCGGGGACAAGCUGUCAUCAGGCUUCCCCAAGCCAUCGAUUCCAAGCUGAUGACAGCACUGGAUGUGUUCUCCUCGCUCAGGCUCUGAGUGUCUGCCGGGGAGGAUGGAGACAAGAACCCCUGGGGGGCCAGGCAUCGGCCUGCGGCCCAGGACUGGUGCUCCAGCCCACUGACGGUGGGCUCAUUACCUUUCCACUCGCAAAUGCAGCUGUGAAUGUACCUUUCUGAGCCUGCGGGACUAUGCUGGUGCCCUUACUAGAGGAGGGCACUGGGUCAACACAAAGUGUUAGUCAUUGGUUGGUAGCCGGCGUUUGCCUGCUGGAUCGGCACCAACACCGCUGACGGGGUGAUUGUGUCUGAUCGGUGGGCACGCCUGCCCUGGCCUUCCUGCCCUCAGUUCUCCUGAACCGUACUUUGGGUCGUGUGGUUCUAGCUGCUUCCCUGGUGUUCUCUAAGAGGGGAGAGGGUGAUUUUGAUGGCCAGUGCCGGCCAGAGGUAAAAGUUCAGCCCUGCUUGCCAGUCUGCUCCGGCCAUUCCCCUUUUCUUGUGCCCGAUGUUUUAUAUUCUUGGAAUGGGCCCAGGAUGAUGACCUCCAAGAAAUGGCUUGGUGUCACCCACCUCUCAAUACCUGCCUUUGCUCACCUCA